AUGACUAAGGACCUAGUGAUAAAGAAGGAAAGUAAUAAUAGUCCAAGGGAAACUGAUCCUGAACCUCAGGGCUCUGGAGGUGGGCAGGACAACCACCGCUUCUUCUUGAAGAAGUCACCCAAUAUUGUGGCUGACCACCUGUCACCUUCAAACCAUUCCCAUCUGCCUGUUAUGAAUAGAUCCAAUGGGCAGGUGCCAUUCCACUCCGGAGAUGCCCAUCAGCACCCAAAAUGCAGCCACUGCCACUGCAACCACCAUGAAGACAAAGCAAAUUACAGCAUCCCACAGCUGCCAGGCCAUGAAGAAAGUGGAACUCUGUGUUCUCAUCAGUCUACUGGAAAUGAUUCUUCAGACAUUUGCCAUCAGACCACUGAAUGUCUUUGGAACCACUGGGCGGAUGAUCAGAGGAGAGUGCAGACAGCACAGCACCAUGUUGUCACUGUGAGACAUGAUAAAGGGUUUAGGAUACCAAAAAGCUAUUCUCAAAUGAUCACAGACUGGCCGCUGCCCAUCCUGAUAGUCUGCCUGCUCCUCAUGCUUGUGUGUACUCUGGCAGCGCUUCUUGUUGGACAGAUGCCUGACUUUUCCGAGCCUUUGAUGGGGUUUGAGUCAAGAGAUACAGAUAUUGGAAGAAAAUUAACAACCUGGAAAAAUAUGCAAAGUAACACAGGUUUUAAGAAAACCCUCUCAAUUUAUCCUCAUGGUGACAAAAGCAGUUUGGAUGACCUAGACUUCAACAAAAGGAACGGGAACGAGGAGCUGUUCCAAGUCAGAAGAGAGCCAAGAUAUCGCAGGAUGGUCGAGCAAGAAGAUGGAGUAGAUGGCUUUUUCUGUGGUGCUCCAGCAAAAAGCUAUUCGCAGCUUGUGUUUAUGUCCAAGACAGCUGGGAGUCUGUGGAACCUACAAGCGAUUCAGUCUAUGUGUCGCAUGGAAAUAGAAAAGAUUCGCUCUCACCCCACAUUUGCAGAUCUCUGUGUGCGAAGUGACACAAAGGAAUGCUGCCCAAGCUGGUCUAUUGGUAACUACAUAGCUGUCUUGUACAAUCGAUCUUCGUGCAUGGAAAUCACUCAUACUGAUAUCUCUCAUACUCUGGCUCUCUUGCGCUCCUGUGCCCCAGACUACCAUAGAGGCUUACUUACCCCUGCCUGUAUAGGCUCAAGGUCAGAGAGGGAAAAGCAUUCUCAGUGUGCCAAGGUGCCUGAAAAGUGCACACGUUCCAGUGCAGUAUAUCAGAUGCUUCAUUUCUUGGUUGAUAAAGACUUUCUGAGCCCACAGACAACUAAUUAUCAGGUCCCAUCUCUAAAAUACAGCCUGUUGUUUUUACCAGCCAAAAAAGGAUCAUCCAUGAUGAACAUCUACCUUGACAAUCUGGAAUCAUGGGAUCUGUUUGAUAAUUACACAGCUAUUACUGGAAUGGACUUGGGUUUAAAACAAAGACUUUUACAACAUUACCUUGUUUUGGAUACUGUGUAUCCAGUACUAGCGAUAUUAGCUAUUUUUCUAAGUAUGUCUUUAUAUCUACGUUCAUUUUUUAUCACCUUUAUGGUUUUUAUGUCUGUGGUUGGCACAUUAAUGAUUUCUUUCUUCUUGUACAAGCUGGCCUUCAGAUUGACUUUCUUCCCUUUUGUUAACCUGAUUGCAAUUAUUAUUCUUAGUAGUAUCUGUGCCAAUCAUGCAUUUGUCUUCUUUGACUUGUGGAACCUAAGCAAGGCGCAGAACUCUGCAGCCGGAAUGCAGCAGUGGCUGAGCCAAACUAUGCACCACUUUGGGUAUCUCAUGAUAGUAACUUGCUUUACAACUGCAGCUGCUUUCUAUGCUAGCUAUAUGAGCAGUAUUACCUCUAUCCGUUGCUUUGCCAUCUUCAUGGGCACAUCUAUAUUAGUCAACAUGAUAUUUAUGAUAACUUGGCUCCCAGCCUCCUUUAUCCUAUAUGAACGCUAUAUAACAGUCAAUUGCAUUUAUAAAUCAGAAGACUAUUGGAACAGUAAUGGACACAAGCGUAUUUUGCUCUCUCUUUACCAAAAGUUUGGAAGUAUUCAGAGGACCAUGUCUGAAACCUCAAAACUGUUCUUUGAGAAGCUUCUCCCAUGUGGAGUAAUCAAAUUCCGGUACAUAUGGAUUUGCUGGUUUGCUGCCUUGUCAGCUGGGGGAGCAUAUAUUUCAUGCAUGAGUCCUAAACUCAAGUUGCCAUCUUCUGAGGUAUCAUCACUUCAAGUGUUUCGUCUUAGCCACACUUUUGAGAGGUAUGAUGCUGAAUAUUGUCAUCAGUUCAUGUUUGAAAGAUUAGAGCAUGGAGAAGGGCAGCACAUGCCAAUUACACUUGUAUGGGGUAUUAUGCCGAUGGAUAAUGGAGACCAUCUUAAUCCAAAGACUAAUGGGACACUUGUUACUGAUGCUACAUUUACGAUACGAAAUGCAGAGGAUCAAAAGUGGCUUAUGGACCUUUGUCAAAAAGUGAGAAACCAGAGCUUUUACUAUUCUGAUCAAGAAAAUAAACCAAACAUCUGUUUUAUGGAAGAUUUUCACAGAUGGAUGGAAAGUCGACAAUGCUCACAGAGUGAUCAAAACCUGAACCUUUGUUGUAAUCAUUUUUCAUUCCCUUAUAGGAGUGACCUGCUGCUUCACUGCAUAAAAAUGAUGGUUAGAGAGCAAGGUGGAGAUGAGCCUCAAGCUUUAGACAUUGGUCCUAGAUUUGAUAUAGAAGGUAACUUAGUUGCUCUGGUGCUUGAAUUUCAGACAGUAUAUCACUAUAGCUUUAAUUACAGCAAAACCAGGAAAUUCUACAACACAUUAAACCAGUGGCUGGCAAAUGAAAUAAAAAAUGCACCACCAGGACUUAAAAAUGGGUGGUUUACAAGCAACCUCUCUUUAUAUAACCUGCAGCACAGUCUGAGCACUGAGAUGAUGAUGGUAACUGGCUUUUCCAUUGCCAUUUGUUUUGUAAUUUUGCUGCUUACCACUUGGAAUGUGUUGCUCAGUUUAUUUGCUGUCACAGCUAUUGGGGGAUCAGUUCUGGUUACAGUUGGACUUUUGGUGCUUUUGGAAUGGCAGCUGAAUGUGGUGGAAUCCCUAUUCAUUUCAUCAGCCGUAGGUCUGUCUGUUGAUUUCACUGUAAAUUACUGCAUUUCAUACCACCUGUGCCCACAUUCUGAUCGCCUAAGCCGUGUGGCAUUCUCUUUAAAGCAAAUGAGUUGUAGUACAGCCAUGGGAGCCUCCACAAUGUUUUCUGCUGGGGUUAUAAUGUUACCUGCAACAGUAUUGGCUUAUAGGAAAUUAGGCAUUUUCAUUAUGAUGAUCAAAUGCAUCAGUUGUGGAUUUGCAAGCUUCUUUUUUCAUUCAUUGUGCUGUUUCUUCGGUCCAGAGAAGAACUGUGGGCAGAUAAUGUGUCCCUGUAACUAUAUCUCAAAAGAAUAUCCAAUUGAUCAGCGGUCAAAUGGCACUUUCACUUGUGGUGGGAAUGAGAAACAAUGUAGGUUGAGAAAAGUACAGGAAUCUAAUAUAGAAAAUGAGCAGUAUGAACUUCAGCCACUAGCAAGGAACCUCAGUGACAGCUUUGAUAAUAGUACUUCUACUAGUAAACUUUCCAAACGGCCUUCUGUUCUAUCAGAGGACAUUCAACUUUCAAACAAUAAAUGCCCUAAGCUGGGACUACAACACAAACAAGAAUCUCAGGACUUGCAAGAAAAUGCUACUGACCAUAAAGUUUUUAGCCAAUGUCCUGCUUUGCAAACCUCUUCACCCUACAGGCAAAGUAGCUUUGGGAUGGAUGGAGACUUGGACAACAAGGUUGAUAGAAAUUGCAUUUGUCAGACAAUUGGCAGCAAGGCAUGGAACUGUUCAGUAGUUAACAAAGCUCAUGUGCAUAACAUACAAGAUGAGACUGAGCACGAUAGCCCAAAAAACUCUAGUCAAGAACUGCUUUACUCCCCAAAUAAAAGUAUCCAUAUGUAUGAAUAUUCUAGGUGCCUUUGUUCCAUGGGUAGUUCCAUUGAUGCCCUUGAUUCAAAUGAAACCUGCCUUAGUGACUGUGACCAGGCCUCUAAGUUAGCUGAGUCCACACGCUGCUCCCCUGAUUUGAUUGAUGCUCCAGAUUCUCCGGGUCAACAUGAGAGAGGUCAUUUGAAUGGUAAAAGGGAAACACUAAAGCUUGCAUUGAGGGAAACUGUGUUUGACUCUCCAACUAUGUCAAAACAGACAAGCUCAUCAUGGAAAAUCCAGUUAAGUCAAGAUGAUGAAAACCCUGUAGUUCUACCGAACAGCAAACCAGAUCUCCCUGAUGUUUGGAUAAAGAGAUCUAGAGAACAAAAUGCUGGAUAUAUCAGUUAA